ACUGUACUCCUUCAAGUCAUUGGUUAAAAUUAUUAGAGUGACUAACAUAUAGUUUUGGACUUAGCUUAAGUUUGAAGCUGUGCUGUGAACUUGUGUUAUUUAGCUAUUUAGAUAUGCUGGAAUAUGAAUUAAGAUUUCAUUAGUAUUUUUUUUAUUCAGGAAUGUAAAGACCAUUCAGUGUGCAGAUAGGGGACAUGUAGUUUACACUUCUUAGUUGCAGAUUUAUGUGUUCAUUGUUGAUUAUGUGUGUGUUGUAAAGAAAUGGCAACUAAUCAUGAUAGACUAUCAGGGGACAAUCCCAGGGGUAGAUAUCAGCAUAAAAUGGAGAUAAGUACUGUUAUCCCAGAACCAACUUCACAAAACAAGGUUUUGUACCUGCAUGUUUCUUGUUUUUAAAAUAAAAUAGUUUAAAAAUAUCAUUACUUGAUGUAACUGAACAGUGUGUUUAGUGUAUAUUGUACCUUUCUUACUCUUUGUAGAUCAUUUCCUGGUUAAAAAAUAUAUUUGUUUUUAUUAUUAUUCGAAAUUUAUUUUUGUGAUUUUCUUAAUCUCUUCCAAACUCACUUAUGUCUACUUGGAAUGCUAUAAUCAGUUCAAACUUUCUUUACAACACCUUAGAUACAAUUGAGAGAUUUUUUAAAAAAAACUUUUUUUUAUUUAAGUUGUGCCAAUCACAUAGGGAUGUAUAGUGCAAUCAAAACAUCAAUGAUAAAAUGCCACAUGCUAUUUGUUUCAUGAUAUGUGGUGUCAUUACUUAAAUUUGUUUCAUUUUUUUUUUUAUUGUAUUGCCUACACUUGAGAAGCAAUAAACAGUAAUCAUUGCUUUUGCAACCAUGGCUUUUGAAAAUAUUACAUCCCUAGAAAUAAAAAGAGUUCCUUAUUAUAUUAAUCAGUAUUUUUGUUCAAUUGUACUUUCGUCUUCAGGAAUCCCCUAAGAGGUGCCUUACAGCCAUGAACUGUUUCAAACUACUUUUGAUGAUCUUCAACAUACUAUUUAUUGUAAGUAGAAAGAACACAUUUUCAAACAUAUUGAUUGUAUUACAGACAGGUAAUGUAAAGUUCACUUUAAAUUCAGACAAAAUAAUUUUAGAACUUGAUACCAUUUAAACAAUGCGUUUGAUCAACAACGUACGGUUCAUUGUCAGUAGACAGAGCAGUUUUGCAAAAAUAUUGAUUGUAUUAGAGACGUGUAAUGAAAAGGUCCCUUUAAAUUAAGCCAAGAUAAUUUUUGAACUUGACAAUUUAGCAAUAUGUUUGGUGAACAAGAUAUUGUUUAAAUACCAUUGCAUUAAUCACUAAAUGUUCCCCAACAUGGGUGCAGUAGUUGUUUUUUUAUUUUUUAUUUUUUAAUCAGGGCUCUUAAUUUCAUUUACUUUAAUAAAAAUUUACUAUUUUUCUGAAGAUUUUAAAUUUCCUAAGUGUUAAUUGUGCAACAGUUAUUAAUGAAUGGGUUAUUUAAAAUAAUUCAACUUUAUUUUAUAAGGUUUCUUUGCAAAAGAAAAAUUCUAUGAAAUUUCACUGUUAAAUUAGUUUGGUAGGUUCUCUUUUCUUAUAAUUAUUCUUUUUUAAAAGUUUUAUCAUUUCAAGAAAAAUCAUUUGAAUUUCCUCCUACAAUUUUUUUUGUUUUGUGUCAAUUGUGUGUUAGUAGUUAUGCUGCAUGUAAAUUUUUAUAUAUGUAUACUUAUGAAUGAAAAAUCAUUUCAGGCUGUUGGAAUUGCUUUAGCUGCUGUAGGCAUAUGGACUGCUGUGUCUAAAGUAUAUGUGUCAUUUGUGAUUGGAGACACACUUUUUACUGCAGCAUCCUACAUGCUUAUUGCUGUUGGUGCUAUAAUUAUUAUCGUAUGUAUAAUCGGAACUGUUGCACUGUUAAAAGAAAAUAAAAGAUGGCUGAUAAUUGUAAGUAUUAAUGUUAAAUUGUUUAUUUAGUUUCUUCUGUUAGUAGCCCUUAUUUUUAAACCAUUGAAACAUGCACUAUCAUUUUUUUUUUUUUACCUUUCUUAUACAUUAAAUUUUAUAAUGUAAACAUUUCCAUCUCUGUUUCAGUACUUUGGGCUGCUGGUUUUCGGAUUUUUUUUAUUGAUAAUAGCAGCUUUUUUAGGCAUAGUCUUCAAGGGAGAAGUAAGUUUCUCAGUUGCAGUGGUUUGUUAUUUAUAUUAAUGUUAAAUUGUUUAUUUAUUUUUUUUUGUUAGUAGUCCUUAUUUUUAAACCAUUGAAUCAUGCACUAUCUUUUUUUUUUUUUUACCUUUCUUAUACAUUAAAUUUUAUAAUGUAAACAUUUCCAUCUCUGUUUCAGUACUUUGGGCUGCUGGUUUUCGGAUUUAUUAUACUGAUAAUAGCAGCUGUAUUAGGCAUAGUCUUCAAGGGAGAAGUAAGUUUCUCAGUUGCAGUGGUUUGUUAUUUCAAUAAAUAUAAUCAGUCUAUUUUUGAAGAGUAAUAUAAAUACUUUUUCAUGUACUCGACACCAUUUAACUUGAAAAGGAUGAUAAGUGAGAAAACCUGUAUUUAUGAAGAUAAAAAGCACAGCAAAAAUACAGAUUCUGUAAAACAAAUAUACAAAAUGCAUGCUAUUUUAUGUGGUUGAAAAACUACCUUUAGGCUGUGAAAUACUUCUACUGACUAAUGUACGCUUUCAGCAACUUUAACAUGUCAAGAAAAAUUAAUCAGAGGAUGAAAGUAAUAUAUUAACCUGGCAUUAACUGUAAAGAAAAUGGUUUUUAAGUAAAAAUAAUUUUAGUUUGGAUUAUUUGUGCAUUAAAUGUUAUCCACAUUUUAACAGCAUGUGGAUCAGUGCAUAAAAUGCUAAUUAUUUCAUAUUUAACAUUGUUUCAAUUAAACUGGUUCAGUUACAUUUCCAAACUCUUAAUUUUAAGGUUGAAGAUGUGAUGGUUCAAAGCAUGAGAAACUCGCUCAUUAAUGGCUAUGCCAAAGACAAAGAGAUCACGUCUGCAUGGGACCAGCUGCAAACAGAGGUAGGUGGCAAUUUUAGUCCACAAUUCAUACGUUUUUUUUCACAAACCUAAGUAUUGUAGAGAAUCUUUUGACAACAUGCUCACAACACGCAGUUUCACAGUGAUUUUAGAAACAGUCAACACGUAGCAGACUUAAUAGGGAAGAAAAACUUCUGCAUCACACCUGGUGCAUGCCAUAAUUUGAUGCCAGUAUGUGAUAUUUCCAGUGGAAAACACACAUUUUUUUAACAGAAACCAUUGCCCAUUUUACAUUUGACAAUAUUUGUUCUAUUUCAAGGCGUUGUUAUUAAAAAAUUGAUCACUGUUUAUUAAAGAUUAAAUACAGUGGAACCCCGCUAUUACGCGAUGAUCGGGGUCGAUAAAAUCGGAUCGCGUUAAAAGCAGGGUCGCGUUAAUACGCGGUUUUACAAUGUUUAACUUUUUUUCGAGAACAUUUAGGUGUAUAAUAUUUAUAGUUCUACCGGAAGAAAGCCUCAUUUUCGGCAUUAAUUUUGAUACUAGUUUGAACGUGGUGCGUUUAGGGGCUCAUUUUCUUCGAUAUUUUGUAAAUUUGUGAUUUUUUUACUCUUUAAAAAAUGGCUUUCCAAGCAAUGGAUAAAAUUUUCAAAGAACUUAGGCCUGAUGGAGUAAAUGAAUUUCAAAUUUCGGGAGCCAUGCUACGACCGCGUUAUAUCCGAAUUCGCGUUAGGGCAGGGCACGUUAUAGCGGUGUUCCACUGUAUACUCUAAAGAUUUUUUUUUUAAAUGUGGUGGAUGGGAGUGGGGGGGGGGUUGUGUGUUGUUGUUAAAUCAACUGAUCAAAUGCUGCCCAGCUGUGAAGGUAAAUCGUUAUAAACUGGAUCCAUUCAGGGGGUAGCUUAUUAUGCUUUCUUAUUAUUACGUUAUAUCCGAAUUCGCGUUAGGGCAGGGCACGUUAUAGCGGUGUUCCACUGUCUACUCUAAAGAUUUUUUUUUUAAAUGUGGUGGAUGGGAGUGGGGGGGGGGGUUGUGUGUUGUUGUUAAAUCAACUGAUCAAAUGCUGCCCAGCUGUGAAGGUAAAUCGUUAUAAACUGGAUCCAUUCAGGGGGUAGCUUAUUAUGCUAUCUUAUUAUUAGCAUUGUUUAACACGUGCUCAGUCAAUGUUUUAUGCUUUUCGAAGAAAUAUUCUCUUUCUUUAAAGCCCCUUUACAACAACGGUUGCUUUCUCUCCCCCCUCAGUUGAAAUGCUGCGCCUUGAGUCAAAAGCCUCUUGGACCAGCUGUGAUAUUUAAUUUUCCUUACAAAGAUGGAACUAAUCCACUAACGGCAAAAGAGAAGGAAUUACAGGAUGGAUGGCCUAUAUACAAACGUACAGAAUUUUUCGACAAACAAAAGAGUAUGCUUUUUUUCUGUAGAUACUUUUAGUUGUUAUAUUAAUAACUUUAAACAUUAGUUUAUGUCAUCAAAUGUAAUUUUGCAUAGGCCUAUAUUAGUUCAAUAUUUCUCAACAAUAUAAUUUUAGGGUAGAUGUUAAACUAAGGACACAAGGUAGCAAGAUACAAGCUUGAAAUAUAAAAGCUUUUUUUUUUUUAUUCAAAAAUUACAGUUUAACAAAUAAAUAUUAAUUUUAAACAAUUUUGACCUAAAUUAGAACGUUUAAAAAAAAAAUGAAAUGUGUAACAUGUAUUUAUAUUUCUUUUUUAGGCAUUGGAGUUAAUGAAAAAAAGUAUGUGCCUUUGUCAUGCUGCGUAGUUGAUGAGAUAACAAAGGCAUAUAAAAGUGAUAAAUUCUGCCAGUAUUUCUCACAAGGUCCACCGUUCAACUAUGAUAUAGAAAUGAAAAAUGAUUAUCUUUAUUAUACUGUAAGUAAAAGUUUGAAAUUGACAUCCAUUAGAGAAUACUUCUGAAAAGCUGCUAUGAUGCCAGCUAUAUUAGAAUGGUAGGCAGCUUAUAUUAUUAUUUUAUAACUAGGGCUUAAACGGGAGCAGUUUUUUUUACACCGGGGUCCAGGUAUUUUGAGAAAAUACCCAGCGGGUCCAAGCGUUACAAAAAAAAGAGUUAACUUGCCAUUUUCUAUGAAAUCUACUGCCCUAUGCCAAGCGAGAGUGCAUUGCCUUCGUUAACCAUUUGUGUCAAGAAAUGACCCACUGAUAGGAAGAGGCAGUUGCAGGAUGCCGGAAUGGAGAUGACGUUAUAAAAAAAAUCAGUCAAACAGAGAAGAUAGUUUCAUUCAGUUUAUAACAAAGAUUUACGAAGCAAUAGUCGCAUUAUAACAAAAAUAGCAAUACCUUCCCGUACCAGGCUACGGGAAAAACAUUUCCCACUAAAGAGAAAAAUCCACCCAUUUCCCCAAAGUUCAGAGGUCACGCAUGAAGCUCGCUGCAGCCUUUUUUCACUCAGUACUAUUAAUAUAAGGGGGGGGGGGGGGGUGUAAAAAAAAAAAAAAAAAAAUUUUGGAUAUUUUUAGGGGGGGGGGGGAUGUGUUGAAAAGAAGUAAAAUAAAUGUUGGAUAUUUUUCAUGUAAAAUAUAUGAAAUGUAUGUUUCUUUCAGCAAUCAACCAUAUUUUUGUAAUUAUUAUUUUUUUUCUUAAAAUUUUUUAUUUGCUGUAGACUAUGUGUCUGGUAAAGUUAUCUAGAAUUUAAAAAAAACCAAAAAAAAACAACAAAUUUAAUACUUAAUUUAAGGUCUGGAAGUCUAAAAAAUGAUAAAGUUUUAAUUUUGAUAAAGAGAGCAGAUAAUCGUGAUCACCUUAUAUGUCUAUAAAUUUUUUUUUACAAUUCUCAGGGUUGUUAUGACAAAGCCAAGGAGCUGGUCCUCAGUCAGUCAGAUAUUAUUGUAGCAUUGGCUUUCGUGUUUGCCUUCAUUAUGGUAGGUGCUUUUCUAUCUUUAAUAUUCUACAGCUAGUGCUGUAUGGUCUUUUUUCAAAUUCUGUGAAUUUGUGUUCUUUUUAAUUUUUUAAAAUAUCAGCACCCAUUCAGUUAUAAUCAGAUCCUUUGCGCUUUCUUCCACUGGACUACAGAUCUCUGCCCAGUACUUUCACUUAACCUCAUUUUUGUUUGUGUGGUAUAAUGAAUUGUUAUAUUAAAUUUUAAUUCGAGAAAGCAUGAUUUAACUUUAAAUUUGAACUAAUCUUAGUACAUUUUUGUUAGCAAACAAUAAGUUUAAUGCUUCUCAUGAAAGGUGCUAAUAUACAUAUGCUAUUUUUAUCAAGGGACACAUGAUUGUUUAAAGUAAACUUUGUAGAUGAUAAUGUACCGAUGAUUAUGUAAUCUCAUUGAUCCCUUCUGUUCAUUGAGCCUUAAAAAUUAAAUUUUUUUGAGAACAGAAUUUGUUAAAAAAAACAUAUUUUGUGUUUGUUUCCGCAGAUUGCUGGAAUGGUAAUAACGUUUUUCUUGAUCCGAUCUUUUACUGAUGAUGAAGAAGCUGUUAAGCACAGACGUGAACCAGAUAAUCUUUAAAUAGAAACCUUCUUUGUUAGUCACUGGGUAACUUAAAAUGGAUAAGAAUACUAUGCAUCUAUAUUUUUGUGCUCUUGGUCUACUUAUUCACUUUUAUUUUGUCUUAAUGACUUAAAUUUUAUUCAUUAUUUCUAUUGAUCAGUUAUGAGCACAAAUAACUUAAAGUAUUAUACAGCAUUGUCUUUUUUAAAAUCAUUUUCAAUGACGGUCUAAAAAAUACAUUCCUAAGAUCUUUAUAGCCUAUAGAGACAUAUUUUCUUUAAUAUACAUUUUUUUACAUUUUAUAAAAAAAUCUUUAGGGAUGUACAGUAUACAAUGUCCAUGAUGUUUAUAUUUUUAUUUUUAAAAAAAAAUUAGAGUGUAUGUGUACAACUGAAAUAUGUUAAGCAAAUCAUCUUUCAGUAUUAUCUUUACACUUCAUAGUUGAAUUAUUAAAAUGUGAAUGGUCUAAGACCUCCAUCUCAAUAUUUUUUUACAUCUCAUAAUGGACAACUGUCAAGCAUUCCAUGUGCCCUCAGUUACAUAUAUUUAGUGACAUAUUUUUAUUUGGGAAAAAAGAGGCUGUGCCAAUUAAUAGAAUACGAAACACAAUUUAAACAUUUUUACAAAUAUUGUCAUUCCAUUUAUUUAAUAUAAAAUAUAUAUAUACUAUAGUGUAAACUGAACCUAAUUCUAGGGACGGAGGAAGCCAUGUUUUUUAUCGCAGCAUUCCUAUUUAAAAAAUGUCUUUGUCUGUAAAAAAAAUGUUAUUAACAUCCCGUGAAGAAGAUCAAAUGAAUUCUAUCAUCCAUUUUCUGUAUUGUGAUCUUUUAUUAUAAGAAAGAUCUGUAAGUGCCAAGAAUUAUUUUUGUUAAGCUUGUCACAUUCCUUAAUAUAUUUUUAAAUAUUUGUAAGUGCAUAUUUUAAAAAUACUAAAACUAUUCUCAAUUUUAUUAAAUCUUAGAAAUGAACAAGAGCAAAUAAUUUUUUAAUUUUGUAGAUUUAAUAAUUAUUUUUUUAAUUCAACAUUUGUAUUCUAUUUUCUUUAAAAUUAUAAUAAUUUUCAUCAGCUAAGAUCUUUUGUAGCAAUUGUUUUCAAAGUAAAAUCAAAGAGUGAAAAGUUAUUCUUCUGAAAGAUUUAAUCAACACAAAGACAGUCUAUAUUUUGUAUUUGUAUUUGACACGCAAUGGCAUUAUUAUUUGACACAGCAUGUUAUGUAAUAUUAUUUCAUUUAGCUUCUUGUUUUUUUGUGUGUUUAUUUAAAGUUUAUGUCACUAAUUUUUGUUUAAAAUCUGCUACUUGAGAGCUUUUUAACCCAAAUCAUGCUGCAUAGGUACAAUAUUGUUACUUGUGCAUUUAAAUUGCAAUUUUCUGCUACAUUUUUGGGUUAAAAUAUGGAGGCCGAAAGUGAUGUUGUUUUACAAAACCUAACCUAAAUGUGUAGAUAAUGUACACUGUACAAAAAGUACAAUGACACUGAGAAUUUUCAAACAAAAUAUAUAAAGGUACAAUUGUAUCUAUGCCGCCUGUUACUGUUAAAAUUAUGCAGCAUGACAAGGGUUAAAGGAGUUUUCUGCAGAUUAUUUAUAAAGAAACAAGAUAUAUUAUAGUGUUGCUAUUUGUUUGAUGAAUGGUUUGUGUAGUAGACAACAAACUCAAUACAAUUAUUCAAGAAAAAAAGUUACAAAAUGAGUUAUAAAGGUGUAAAUAGGAACUUUAUGUAUAAACAAUGAAAAUUUUGUGCGAUUAUGUUUAAAAGAGGAGGUUUUAUCUCAAUUCAAAAACUUUUCAAGUAAUUAAUGGAAUUAAAAAAAAAUAAAACUAUUGUUCAUCUUCUUUGAGGUUCCAAGUUUUAAAGUAAGCCAAACAUUGAAUUUUGCAAGCCACGUUAUUUGUAACCUUUCCCCCCUCUUCCACGUUUUAUGUUAUUGUUUCCAAACUAAAUUUGCAAAUUGUUUUAUAGACUGCAGUAAAACCAUGCAUUCCUCUAUAUGGUGUUAUAAAUGAUUCUCUUUAUGUCCAAUUUUCUUUUUAUCACGUCAACAAAUUUAUUUAUAAUGUUACGUUGCCAAAGGACUAUUAGAUUCAUUCUCACAAGUAUCCCUCCGUCUGGUAAAUAUCAUGGUCAUAUAGUAGUAGUUUCAGUUGCCAUAAUUUAACAAAUUAUGCUUAAUGUUUUGUCUUUUUUUAAAUUUCAGCUAGUAAUUAUAUAUGAUGCUGUGUUCUCACUUGUGUGUGUCACAUGCUAUGUGUGUCACUUCUGAAAUGCUCAAAUUAUGUUGCCUUUUAAUUACAGAGAUGGUCACUCCUGAGAAUUAUUCUUUUCAAUUUAUGUUAGAUCGCGGAAAUACAAAGUGAAGGCUUGCAUUGGAUUUUACUUACUCAGUAGUCUGAUCUAAUCAUUAUGCAUAGAUGAUAUUGAUCUCUUUAUAAUUAUCAGACAUUCCUUAGAUUUAAAAAAUUUUAUAGAUGUUUGAAUUUCCAAAUUUGCUUUUCUAAAUUCAUCAUUUCUAAAUAAUAACGAUAUGCAUUUAAUUUUUUUUAAAGUUUGUCUGUAAAUAGCACUUUUUGAUAAAGUUAUUUUCCUCAAUUCAGUGUUCAUGUUGUCUUGUAUUUUUCAUCUUUAGAACAAAAUUUCACUCCAUUUGCGUAAAUGUGAUAUUCCACAUUAGUCAAUACAGUGAAUAUAUUCUUUGAGCAAGAAACUGUAUCUUAUCAUUCCAGUGUUUGAAACUUGUUAAAUUAUAGACUAAUCUCAUGAAUAAAUCUUUGUUUUUACUAUUUGAUUAUCAGUAAUAUCAAAUCUGUUUUUAGAUCCACUGUGUGUUUCCCAACAUAUUUUGCCCCACCUGAGCACCUAAAAAGCUUUAAUUUCAAGUCCCAGUAGUCCACUCACUCCCUUUUAAAAUGUAAAUUCAUUUCCCCCAAUGAUCAAAUGUCACCCCCAUAAUCUUCAAAUUGCCCUCCUGUGAGAUAUAGGCCC